UCUGUAGGGGACCGUUCAGGAGCGGUCGUCCUCAGAAGGACCGCUCCUGCCCCGUAUCCCUCUGUUUCACAUACACACUCUUCAAGAGGCAGGGAGGUUGCAGAGCAAGAACGCCAAGAAAAACAUGGAGAAGAUGAAGAGCGUAGCCCCAUACUUGGGGAUGGUAAUAGCACAAACUGCUCAAGUAGGCCUAAUUAUUGUAAGCAAAGAAGCCAUGUCAAAUGGGAUGUCCAAAUACGUUUUUGUCACCUACUCCAACGCUCUUGCUUCCCUAAUUCUCCUCCCCACUUCUUUUCUAGCCCACAGAUCAAAUAGGCCUCCCCUCACUUUCAAACUGGUCAGUGGGUUUUUCUUGCUGGGUGUUCUGGGGUGCACUGCUCAGGUAACAGGAUAUGCUGGAAUUGACUAUACCUCUGCGUCAUUUGCUUCUGCAAUGCUCAACCUCAUCCCUGGUUUCACAUUUGUUCUUGCUGUAAUUUUCAGGAUGGAGAAAGUAGAUUGUAGAACCUCAAGUACUAUUGCCAAAUCAAUUGGUACCAUAGUGUCAAUUGCUGGAGCCUUCAUUCUGAUUCUCUACAAGGGCCUCCCAAUCCUGAUGGCCUCAUCAUCUCCAAUAACCCAUUAUGAUCUUCUAAACCAGCAACAAUCCAACUGGGUCUUGGGUGGACUUUUUCUUGCUAUAGACUGUUUAGCGGCUUCAAUGUUUAUCAUUGUACAGGCACUUAUCCUGAAGGAUUUCCCAGCAGAUUUGAUCAUGGUCUUCUUCUACUGCUUCUUUGUGGCCAUUCUAUCUGCAGGGAUUUCUCUCGUUUCAGGUGACAAACUAAGUGCUUGGACAUUACAACCUACUAUGAGACUGCUUACUAUUUUAUACUCAGGAAUUUUUGGUUCUGCUCUACAAGUCAGUUUGUCUACAUGGUGUGUUCACAAAAAGGGACCCCUUUUUGUUACUAUGUUUCAUCCCCUGGGCAUAGUCAUUGCAGCUGCCUUUAAUAUUAUCAUUUCAAAAGAUGCUUUUUAUGUUGGGAGUUUGGUGGGGUCAAUUCUUAUUGUCAUUGGGUUUUACUCUGUGAUGUGGGGAAAAGCAAGAGAAGGGAAGGUUGUUGAGGACCAAUUGCGAGGAAGCACAGUAUUCAAUGCUGAAAGUUCUCCCCUUUUGCAAAAUCAAGAUCCCUAAAGAUUGAAGAUUAGUAUGUAUCUAUUGCCACAGAAGUAGAG